ACAGUAGCAUAGCUGUGGACCUAUGCGCUUUAAGGAAACUGUACGCUACCUUUAACACAGAAUAUCUGAGUCAUUUGGAAAUUCUCUGAAGAAUUUGACUGUUUCAAUUGUCCCUAUUUAACCACGAUGCAGUCGGACACACAUGCAGUCUGUUUAUUUUUAUGUAAUUUUCCAUAGUGGGCGGAUGUAGGCACAGUCAGCGAAGGAUUUGACAGACGCACUGGCAACCCAUACUCAAACCUUCCCCACCCUGCGGCCAGCUUUCUCUGUGUGCAUAGCCGCUUCUCCGGUUGGUCCUCCUGCGGCUAGUCUAUACCCGCCCCGUGAUGCGGAGUGAGUCGCGGGGGCUACAGAUGACAGCGCGGGGAUGAGCUCAGGCAAAUGACCGCCAAAUUCUCUACUCGUCCAGCCCGAGUAAGGGGUAUCCGAUUUUGGUGAACGGGUCACAGUAAUACUGGGUUAAGCCAAGCUAAAACUGCAUUCAGCUGCCCCUCUGAAGAUACAUGGAUAUUCUGGCAAUGGAUUCGUCUGGAGUCUGAGAGUUCUGAAUGCGCGAGCUGUUUGGGACGUUGUAGCCUGGUCUUGCAUAAGAGUGCUUAUUUACUGUUUGUAUACUCGAGGAUUGUUCGUCUUUGAACUGUCAUGGCCAGCGUGAAUAACUCCAUUAAUCAGCGGGACAGCGACAUCCAGAAGAAGAUUGACCAUGAGAUCCGGAUGCGCGACGGCGCCUGCAAGCUGCUAGCCGCGUGCACCCAGAGGGACCAGGCCCUGGAGGCCUCGAAGAGCCUGCUGACCUGCAACACCCGCAUCAUGGCCUACAUGUCCGAGCUGCAGAGGAUGAAGGAGGCCCAGGUCAUGCAGAGGGUCGCACGAAGGUCGUCGGAGGCAGGGCCAACGGACGACAGACGGCCUUGUAAGGGCAAGGUGGCCAUCUCAGAUCUGCGGAUCCCUCUCAUGUGGAAGGACACGGAGUACUUCAAGAACAAAGGAGAGCUGCAUCGGUGUGCUGUGUUCUGUUUACUCCAGAUGGGAGGGGAGAUCCACGAUACUGACAUGGUGAUGGUAGACCGGACACUCACCGACAUCUGCUUUGACAACACCAUUGUCUUCAACGAGGCCAGCCCGGGCUUCGACCUCCGCGUGGAGCUGUACAGCUGCAGCUCGGAGGAAGACUACUCGGCAGGCAGCACGCCCAGGAAACUAGCCAGCAAACUCAGCAGCUCUCUGGGCCGCUCGGCGGGGAAGAAGCUCCGGGCCGCCGUGGACCCCGGCGCCGGCAGCCCCACUGGAGGGGGGGCCACGCUGCUGCUCCCGGUACCCGCCGUGGCGGGCCCCAAGUACCACCUGCUGGCCCAUACCUCCCUGUCCCUGGCACACGUCCAGGACAACUUCCGCACCCAUGACCUCAUCACCUCAGGCAACGAGGAGUGUACAUACUGGGUUCCUCUCUACGGCAGUGUGUGUUGUCGCCUCGCUGCUCAACCAGACUGUAUGAACCAACAGAUGAUGAGCGGCUGUUUGAAGGUCAAGCAGUUGGGAGGUGACCCUCAGAGUAGCACAAAUGUCUACGGUGUCCUUAAAGGGACAAACCUUUCCUGUUACCAUCGACAGGAGGACAUCGAGUCUAAUGUUGAGCCAGCUUUUACCAUCGCCAUCAACAAGGAGACUAGAAUUCGUGCGUCUGAAAAGGACCCAGACAGUAACGUCCAGAGCAUCAGCAUCAGCAACCUGUACGGAGGAGAGGAGGUGACACACACCGUGUCGGCAGACAGCCGCCAGGAGACGCACCGCUGGAUGGAGGCCUUCUGGCAACACUUCUACGACAUGAGCCAAUGGAAGCAGUGUUGUGACGACCUGAUGAAGAUCGACCUGCCGUCGCCCCGGAAAGCAGCCCUUGUCACGUCGAAACAGGGCUCCCUUUACCACGAGAUGGUUAUUGACACCGCCGGUGACAUCGGCACGGUGACGGACAUCCUGACCCGGCGGAUGCAGGAGCUGGAGCUGAGAAGCCAGCUGGGGACCUCUCCUCCCUGGAUGUCCCUGUUCGCGGAGUCGCCCGGACGCCAGCGAUCCCCCCGGCUGGCCGGCCACAGCCCCCGCACCCCCCGCCGCCUCCCCCGCAGUCCCCUGAGCCCCUCGCGCUGCCCCCGGCCCAGCCUGCUCUCCUCGGACGCCAGCCUGACCUCGGACAGCGACAGCCCCUGCAGCACCAGCCCCUGUUCCCGGCACGGCGGCUUGGCCGAGCCUCUCUCCCUCCCCUCGUCGCGCUUCCGCCCGCGCACCCUCUCCCUGGACGCCAAGCUCAGCACCCUCAGGGGCAGGGGUUACGGAGGGGCGUUGCAGUGCUCCUGUCAGCCCCCCACCUCCUCCCUCACCCCAAUCCCGGCCCAGCGGGUCUCCCAGGCCACCCUGUCCUGUUCCAGCUCCACCUCAAGCAACAGCUCCAGCGAGGGCCGCCGCAGCCCGGAGUCACUGGACAGCUCCCCUUUCUCGCGCCCCUCCUCGGCCCGCCGGAGCCUCAGGAGCAUGAGGGCCAAACUGGAUCCCCGGAACUGGCUCCAAAGCCAGGUAUAGCCCAACGCAGAGAGCCCCAGUCAUCUGACCCGCGGGCCAACGGAUGACAUCACCUCAGACCUCCACAUCGCCCAGUGUGUCCUGGUAGGAGCGCGGCCGGAUGGAAGCCGCUCCCAGACGUUCGCUGACGAGAGUCCUGGUAUUAACUGGAAGAACUUAACACGAAGGCCUGGAGACGUGUCGUCCAAGUGUCAUUGUUGACGGCACACUUUCACGGACCACCAACUGGAACGGCGGUGUCUGGCAGGCUAGAGCUUGCUCGUCAGUUCGCCGAGCUAUGCCCUCAGUGAAAACAUGUUUUAUUGCAUCCUGUUUGUUCAUCAUAAGCUGGACGUGUUGUAUCUGGAGGAGUGAGUAAUGUGUUUGCAGUGUUCAGUCUGGGUCGGCGAGCCUGUGGCCAAGUUGAGUUACUCUGGGGGAUGUGCUCAGUGUCCUCUGGUAGAAUGUUAACGGCUGAAUGUGGUUGUUUUUACCUUGAAGACUCACACACUGCUACACCACCUGUCACCUGUAAUAUCAAGUCAAUUCUGACCGAAAAAGUCCCCUGGAUAUGCUUUUGCGCCAAUUUAGUUUAUUGCAUGAUUGUGCUCCAAGUCAAGGAAUGCAUCGUUUGACAUCUAAACUGCUCUGAAAAUAAUUGAAUUGAAAGCUCGACAUAAUGCCACAGCAGUACCCCCCCCCCUCUACUACUGGAGAUGUCAGGGUCACUUUCUCUGUUACUGAAGGCUCUGAGGACAACCCUUGUGAAGACACACUGUAGACCAACUAGUUAAAUCGUUUUCAAGGUGACAUUGUUACAACUACAUUAGCUUGUAAAUUUAUUAUAAUUUAAGUAAGCCAAAGGUGUUUUACUAAACGAUCAUGAGAAGCCAUACUUAUUCUUGUGCUAUAUUGCCUCAUCGAAAUAUUUUGUGCAAAUGUACUGACAUUUAAAUCUCCUAGACUUUGGUUAUGGAAGGUUUUGGAUCAUAAGGGCACAUGAAUGUCCUUCUGAUGUCCUUGCUAAUCUCAAUAAAACCUAACAACCCGACUAGGCUGAUUAAAUCUACUCGUAGGGAGGGAGGUCUGUGUUGCUAGUUCAAACCCUGUGUGCAGGUAGGUGAUCAGUUCCAUCCAAAAAUGGGUUACAGCAUUUCUCAUGUCCCAUUGGAAUGUCAAUUCAAGGUUAUUUAAACAUAAUCUAGUCCAGUUAAAAGUUGUCUAAUGUUAAAGCAUGUAUUUAAGAGUGUAAAACCUGAGGAUGUACAUCUGUGUGUUUAGGAACUCCCACUCCUCCCUCUCUCUCUCUUCUAUAGCUUAAUUGGUGGUACAGUUACCAUUAUGCCCUGUAGUGGUCCUAAAACGUUGCUCCAGUGCAUUAUGGGACAUCACAAUCUGUGAAAUACGCAAUACAGGAAAUAUUGUUCUGUCGCACAUGUUGUGAUGCUUUUUGUUUUUUUUCUAUAGGCCUAUGAUCAUGCUGUCAUUUACCUAAUGAGAUAAGAAGCACCAACCAGAUAACUGUAGUGUUUGUCCCUGUUGAAAGUGAAGCCUAUCAAUUUCCUCAUGCAUCUGUGUUCUCCAUGGGCUAUAGGCUGUAACGGUUUACAGUUUUCCAAGAGCUCGGCUGGCUCCUCGUUUUUUUUUAACAGUGAAAACAACUUUAAAUGCUUCCAAGUGGCGUUUGUUACUGUAAAGUUUUUUUUGUAAGUUAACAAAAACUGUUUUAUUGUCUUCCAUUUUGUUAAAUUACAUUUUACAUUAUUGGUUUUGUUAUAAAUACAGCUAUUAUAUUGAUAUAUUGUUUUAAAAGAUGACUGAUUUUGUUAUAAAUACAGCUGUAUUGAUAUAUUGUUGUAACAGAUGACUGCAGACCAGUACCAGUGUAGAUUACCUUGAAUGCUAACCUUGCCAGUGUCCCGUGUUAACAGGCAUGCUAGUCAUCCCAUGGGAGAAAGUGAUAGGAACUGCCAGUCAUGUCUAUAUAUGUAACAUAAUAAUAAUAAAUGAUUUAACACUUUAAAGGUA